GCUACCACUAUUGUCAAAAUUUCUGUCAUUGCAGCUUGGUAGAACGAAAAUAAUUGCCAACUUACAGCCAAUUGACGGCUGAAAAUCGCAUAAUAACAUAAAAAUGAGUUCGCAGGCUGCCCGAACUGCAGUGCGAGAGGUUCGCCCUUUAUUGUCUUUGGACCGUGAAGAGGCUAGAAGACGCGCCCGCAAUUUGUACAGGGCUUGGUACAAGCAACUUCCUCAUGUUGUGAGACAAUACGAUAUCCCAAAAUCGGUGGAGCAAUGCAAAGCGAAACUUCGCGAAGAGUUCAUGAAGCACAAGGAUUGUGAAGAUGUUAGAGUUAUUGACAUGCUUGUUAUUAAGGGUCAAAUGGAGUUGAAAGAAACGGUAAACAUUUGGAAACAGAAAGGGCAUAUAAUGAAUUACUUCAAGGAAACAUGGGAACCCAAACCCACAGAUUUUCUAUCCAAGUUUUUGCAAGGAACACCUUAAUUUAUGCAACCAUCUGCAAAAUUAGUAUGAAGAAAUGAAAUAAUUAUGUUGUACAUAUGGUAGGAGAUUUAAAAUAAAUAAAAUUACAAACAAUACCAAAUAUAA